ACUCCCUAAAACAACAUGAUCGCUACAUGAAAGUCUAAUUCAAUCACAAAAAAGAUCGAUUUUGACUGCGCAGAGGAAUGUGCUAUUUCAAUUAUCCCAUCGUGUUCCAGAACACACGCUGUUGGGAACAAAAACAGCAAAUCCUUUCAUCUGGAUUCCAUCCAUUUAUCCUAAUUAUUUAGGGCAAAAGGUUAUAUUGCUCUCAUGAAAGUCUCCAAGGAAAAAUAUCGAUAGAUAAUCUAGCGGAAAGACCUUGAAUAACAUUCGUUUAUCAUAAGCGAAAAUUUGAAGUGAUUUUUUGGUCAGAAUUUCUAAUUCAAUAAAUGACGCGUUUCCUGUUAAUUGCAUGCGCAAAUUAUUCUUCUAUGCGUCUUACUCACGCCUAAGUUGUAAUUAUUGAUAAGUGAUGGUGUUGAUUCAUUAGUGCAUGUGAUCGCAAAAUAUCAUAUAACGGUACAUAUGUCAAAUGACAGCGGAUUGCUUUAUCAAGAAUUCUUACAAUCAUGAAGUCUUUUGUGGUUGCGUUGGUGAUCUUUAUCGCGCCAUACUAUGGUUUGACACAAUUGUUUCAGACUGUGCAAACAAAAAACCAAAAACUCAAUGCGACAAUUGGGUGAAACUAAGAUUUUGCACACAUAAAUAUGCAACGUGGAUGAAAACGAACUGUGCACAGUCGUGUGGAUAUUGUCUUUGCAAGGAUAACAGUAAUAAUUGCGCAUACUGGGGAGGAAAUGGCGAAUGCACUAAGAAUCCAAAUUAUAUGCUACUUCAUUGUCAAAAGUCAUGCGCUGUUUGUCGACCGAAACUGGUGAUAAAAACGUCAGCUGCCCCUAUGUAUGCAGGAUCCGGUGCUGGUUCAAUCGCUGGUUCUGGCAGUCAACCCACAACCCAAGCGGUGGUGAAGAAGCCCACCGCAUCAGAUGACGACAACAUCAAAUGCGGCACCCGGGCAACAUUAGGUAGGAUUGUUGGCGGAAAAAAAGCCCCAACAAAAGGCUGGCCUUGGCAAGUCGGCAUAAAAUCUUGUCCCACCUGCAGGUACUUUUGUGGUGGCACAAUAGUCGCAAAACGAUGGGUGAUUACCGCUGCACAUUGCCUUGUAAACUACCGGGCAAGUGAUCUACACAUUGAUGCAGGGGUGACCAAUCAGAAAAAUACUACAGAGCAUAAACAGUCAUUUAAUUGCACGGCGAUUCACGCUCAUCAAAAGUACGCGAUCAAGGCACCCUACGAUGAUGACAUUGCUAUCUUACAGCUGAAUAAAGACGUCUUUUAUAAUGAUCACAUUAGACCGUUGUGUUUGAACGAGAAUGAGUUAAAAACGGGGGAAAGAUGCUCGGUAACCGGUUAUGGCAGAGUUGCCGAAGGAGCAGCCAGCUCGGUCCAUCUAUUGCAAGCAGAUGUACCAAUUGUAGCCCACAAUGUUUGCGUGCAGGCAUGCAUGAGACGGAUUCCUCCUCGACCUGUAACAAAAAACAUGAUUUGCGCAGGUUAUGAUAAAGGUGGGAUUGAUGCCUGCGCCGGAGACAGCGGUGGACCGCUGACAUGUUGGGAUCGAAGCAAACAGCGAUAUGUUCUUGGAGGAAUCGUCUCCUGGGGUAUUGGUUGUGGACGUCCUAAUACGUAUGGUGUUUACACUGAGAUGGAGCAUUUGAGUGCUUGGAUAACAAACAUCACUGGGAAGAUUGUAUGAUAGUAAAACUUUAAACUUAGCAAGAAAAAAUGGUAAUAUUUUGUAGUUGAGGGUUGAAUCUUGUUAAUAAUGUAUUAUUCUCUUGCUGUUUAUUAAUUAAACCAAAUGUGAAUAAUUUAGACUGUAAAGAUUUGGUGGAGGUGUUUUACCUGGUUUUUAGGAAGCACAGUUUCUUAGUUUCGAGAUUGGAAUAUUUCACGCAUCUCAUCUGCCAAAACUAAUUCUCUAAGUUCUCACGUAGCGACAUUCAUUGAACAUUUGAACUGUGUCCUUCUUAACGACAUUAAUUAUGCAAAUAUACUUCCUGUAUUUCAACUUGAGCCUGGUGUGGGCGCAUGCUACACCUUGUUGGUCGAUGUUGCAACGUUUCCGAAGGGAACAUUUUCAUUCAAAAGAAGCAGUUCGCUGCUCUCAUUUAUAAUAAACACAUCGUUCAAGUUUAUCAAUUUCAGAUAGAAUCACUCGGUCUCUUUUGUUUCUGAAGGUUCACGUAUUUUAUUCGUAUGUGUGUUUAUUUAUUUAACACAUACUUGAAUUAUCAUAUUAAUUUUUCGUCGCUUGACAAUUGAGUGUCGAAAGGAAAUCAGAUUUAAAAUACAGCCACUCGAUCUGGGAGGGAACUAGACGCAUCAGAGCGCACACAAAACAAAAGACGCCUUUCAUUAAUUCAUUUGUGAUCAGUAUUCAGACAGUCCUACUUCAA